UAUAUCUUCCCGCCCAAACCCAAACCCGUCUUCUACCUUUCCUCUUUUGUGUGCACAGCAAAUGGCGAUGUCCUCCUUUCACAAAAUGGACGAUUCUCCCUCUCCCUCUCCCUCUCAACUGAAAGCCGAAGCUGCGUUUCUCAUUCGCCGCCACUCCGACCAGCUCCGCUCCAUCGCUCUCUCUCCUGACCCCAACCUUCAUUACCCUCUCCACAUCGAUUUUGCAGAACUAAUGGACGACGACCCGCCGCUUGCGCAAUCGCUAUUCUCCCAACCCACCGAUCACCUGCGCCUCUUCGACGAUGCUGCUAUUUGGGCUCAUAAAAUUGUAUUGGGGGAUUUGAAAUUGAAAGGUCACAAAAGUGUGGUUGAGAAGAAAUUCAUUCAUGUUCGUGUAAACAUCAGCGGUUCCCCACUCGAAUGCCCUGAGACUUUUCCACGCAUUGGAAGUGUUCGAGUGAAGCAUCGUGGGAUUCUUCUCACCCUUAAAGGGACGGUGAUUCGUUCUGGAGCGAUCAAGAUGUAUGAAGGGGAGAGAUGGUAUAUGUGCCAGAAAUGCAAGCACAAGUUCCUAGUUUAUCCUGAGCUGGAAGCUAGAAACUCAAUAUCGCUACCUUCAUAUUGCCCUUCUCUGAGUUCGAGACCCUGUGAAGGCACGAAGUUCAAGGAAUUAGAAGAUUCUAUAAUACGCCAUGAUUAUCAGGAAAUCAAAAUCCAAGAAAGCACACAAGUGUUGGGUGUUGGGGCGAUUCCUCGUUCAAUUCCUGUCAUAUUGAAGGAUGAUCUUGUUGACAUUGUUAAAGCAGGAGAUGAUGUAAUCGUUACUGGGAUUUUAACUGCAAAGUGGUCUCCAGACUUAAAAGAUGUGCGUUGUGACCUUGAUCCCAUACUAAUUGCUAAUCAUGCGAGAAGAACCAAUGAGCUGAAGUCAGAAGUUGAUAUACCUGAUGAUGUUAUUAUGAAAUUCAAGCAGUUCUGGUCAGAUUUCCAUGAUUCCCCAUUAAAAGGGAGAAAUGCCAUCCUUCGAGGUAUUUGCCCACAAAUCUUUGGACUCUUUACUGUCAAGCUUGCAGUUGCGUUAACACUUAUUGGGGGUGUGCAACAUGUUGAUGCUUCUGGGACAAAGGUUCGAGGAGAGUCUCAUUUGCUUCUGGUUGGUGAUCCAGGUACUGGGAAGUCUCAGUUCUUAAAGUUUGCUGCAAAAUUGAGCAACCGAUCUGUUAUCACGACUGGGUUAGGAAGCACCAGUGCUGGAUUGACUGUCACUGCAGUCAAGGAUGGAGGGGAGUGGAUGUUAGAAGCUGGAGCCCUUGUUCUUGCAGAUGGAGGGAUUUGUUGCAUAGACGAAUUUGAUAGCAUGAGAGAACAUGACAGGUCAACUAUACAUGAAGCCAUGGAGCAGCAGACCAUAAGUGUUGCCAAGGCUGGUCUUGUAACGACUCUCAGCACUAGAACAAUCGUUUUUGGUGCAACAAAUCCUAAGGGACAUUACGAUCCUGAUCAAUCUCUGUCUGUCAAUACAACACUAUCUGGACCCUUAUUGAGCAGGUUUGAUAUAGUCCUGGUCCUCUUGGAUACAAAGAAUCCUGAAUGGGAUGCAGUUGUUUCUUCUCACAUUCUUGCUGAGGUUGAAUCAGAAAAAAGCAAGCAUGAUGAAGAGCUAGCAAAUAUCUGGCCACUUCCUAUGCUUCAGAGGUAUAUACACUUUGUAAAAGGAUACUUCAAACCGGUCCUAACAAAGGAGGCUGAAACAGUUAUUUCAAGCUAUUAUCAGCUCCAAAGAAAAUCUGCAGCUCAUAAUGCAGCUAGGACAACUGUGCGCAUGCUGGAGAGUUUGAUACGACUAGCUCAAGCACAUGCAAGACUAAUGUUCCGAAAUGAGGUGACUCGGUUAGAUGCUGUUACAGCCAUUUUAUGCAUUGAAUCAUCCAUGACUACGUCAGCUAUAGUGGAUAGUGUUGGGAAUGCCCUGCACUCCAAUUUUGCUGAAAACCCUGAUCAGGAAUAUGCCAAGCAAGAAAGGCUGAUUCUUGAAAAGCUGAGAUCCAUAGACGAAUUUCCUGACAUAAAUGACAUUGAAGGAUUGUGCAGAUGAAACUCUACAGAAAGGACAGGCAUCUAGGGUUACCAAAUAACUCUAGUUCAUGAUCUCAAGGCAAGGAUUUAUUUACACUGCCAAUUUCGACAACAACCAAAAGUAAGGCAAAUGUGUCCUCUACUUUUUUUUUGGGUCUGAAUAUAUGUCCUCUGCAGCUCUACUUAAUGGAAAAAUAUUUGAUUUUAAUACCUGUUAAAUGUUGUUCCAAGUCAUUUAUGCUGUUAAUUUAUUUUCUGAUUUGGUGGCAAUGCUACAGUUAAUUGGAUUGUUGCAUUAUGAUGAUUAACAUUUAAUUGAUUUGGGUCCCUGUUUGCUGCUGUGCAAAGUGGUAAUCCUUUGGGAUAUUUGGUUUUAAUUGUC